AUGGCGUCCCCUGGUCGUCCGGGUGAUGUUGCUGUCCCUAAGUGUCCUAUCAUUUUCAAUGGCACGAACUGGGGCGACUUUGUUUUUCACAUGGAGGUCCACAUGGAUGGACAACUGUUGUGGGGCUACCUUACGGGCGAUCAGAUCUGUCCUCCAUGUCCUGUUCUCCCCACGCCGCCCACAUAUCCGCCAGAUGCUGAUGAUGAUGCCAAGAGUGCCUUACUUGAUGCCUUUGAGGCUCAGAUGGAGAGCUACCGGUCUGAUCUUGGUCUCUAUGAGACUUGGCUACGCGAGGAAAAAUCUGCUAAGGCUAUCUUACUUGCGAGCAUGGAGAUCGAUUUCGCACGGUCCCUCAGAGGUCUCCCCACCUCACACCUCAUGUGGGAUCACCUCCAUCGCAGUUAUGAGAUUCGUAACGAGGCGAUGUACCUUGCUGUUGUUGAGGAGGCUCAGUCACUUCGUCAGCUUGACUCUACAAUCGAGGCCUUCCACCGUCAGAUGACAGAUGUCUGGCAUCGCCUGGACAAUUUGGGCGCUGAGUUCUGUGGUGGUGGUACCUGCCGGUGUUGUGACCGUCACCGGGACCAGAGAGACACCCUUUGCCUUCACGAGUUUCUCUCUCGACUUCGUCCUGAGUUCGAGACUGUUCGGGCACAGCUACUGACUCGUCGUCCGCGCCCAUCGCUAUCCGAGGCAAUGCCUGAGCUACGAGCUGAGGAGACACGUCUUCGAGCUGAGGUUGUGAGUCACACUCUAGCACAGCCCUCCGUCCUGGCAGCCACACCUCCACAGGCCUCCCCGCCUUCGUCUCAGCCCUCUCUUGUGGUGGCGGGGGUACCCUCUGGUGUUCAGUGUGGCUACUGCAAGCUCUAUGGUCAUGAGGAGAAGGAUUGUCGCAAGAAGCAGCGCGACCGACCAGGACGUCGUGGCAGGCGCUCCUCUCAGGGCCCCUCUCAGGGCACUCGUUCCGUGUCUGCAGCGGAACAGGAGGUUCUUGCCCUGUUUCGUCGCCUUACUGCUGCAGUUCAAGCCUCUGCUUCUGAGACUACUGCUUAG